UUCCGAUAACAGUGAACUCUAACCCCUGUGACGUGUUUGCCUCGACGUCAACGACCGGAUGUGGUGACGGGAAAACCUGUGAGGUGGUUGGAGGCAGCGCCACCUGUUUAACAAUCCAGCAACCUUCAGACGAUUUGGGUGUCCUUGUGGGUAUCGGAUUUGGUGUGACUGCCGUCCUUCUCCUCGUCAUUAUAGUUUUGAUAUGGAUGUGCAUGAGAAGUCGAAGCAGACGACAUCAAACAACGAAAAAUACAUUGAGGCCCGGGACACCGACUUUUAUGCCGACGCGUUUCCAUGCUAACGUGCCCAGUUGGAGCCAUCAGCCAGCGUUUUACGACAAUAACGGUCUGGAUCUCAGCGAUUCUCGGAAAUUCAUGCCGGCUUCAAUUGAAACCCUGCCAUACUACAGAAACGAUUAUCAUGAAACGCGAGCACAGGACAUAACUCUAGGGACAACAGACCAGCUAAGCACAGAUAACUCGACUUCCUGUGAGUUUGAGAAACUUGCACGGGUCACUGGAAGUUGCCAAUUCGUAGAACGAGAUUUGUCGCAAUCUACCGAAUAGUGAACCAACCAAAAGGUUUCAAUUUAAAAAAAAACAACAAUUAUUUCCACUAAUUGAACUUAUUGGCCAAAGAGUGUGGAAUCAAAUAUUCCGUGGGGCCCAAAUAUCGUGGUUUCCCGACAAAACUCCAUUUCGUUGGUACAUGAAUUCGUGAAUUACGAGUUUCUACUCAGACAGAAAAAUCCCUUCAUAUCAAACUUGUGAUUACUUCGUGGACCUAUGAAUUCGUAAUUGAAGGCUCCCCACGAAAUCAAUCAAAUAAAAAACAAUCCACGAAAAUUAGUGAUUUCACAGGAUAUCAAAAAGAAUGCACAAUGUGGAUGUUAAUAUAUAUAUAGAGAGAGAGAGAGAGAGAGAGAGGGAGGGUGCAUUGAGAUAUUAUGUGUUUUUUAUAGAUACAGAACGAGAAGGAGAGGGAGAGAAUUGGGGGAUGUUUAUAUUUAAAUGGAGUUCAGAUAUAUUGCCUGACAAAUCGUUAUAUAUGAAUGGAGAAUUGGCGACAAUUUAUGUAAUCUGAACUUGUAUGGUUAUUUUGUUCUUUGCUGUAGUUAGUUUUAUUAAUUGUCUGUAUUCACUGUUCAAAGCAGUUACAUAAAUAUUUCAUCUACACAUUAUUUUUUAUUAAUGUACUACAGAUUUAAAACAACAUGAGAGUAAAAUUUCCUAUUUCGGAAAGUCUGUUUUCUUUAAAUAGAAUGGCGUCUUACUCCAGGUGACAUCAUCAACCGGGUCAAAACAAAUUUAUUUAAUCAUUUUUUUCUCAAUAGUUUAAGAAUUUGUGAUUUUCCUCCAGUAUAAUCUUGUAUUGGUUUACAUUGGAUCCUGUAAAAUAUAUAAGGAGGUAGUAAACAGAUGAUAAACAGUUUGUCACAAGGUUUUAAUUUCAGGGUUUGUCUAGGAAACAAUUUUCUAAUCGCUUUCUUGUGUAGUGGCCUCUUAAUUUAAGGUCCCAAAAAGUAUUAUGUUUUUGGUUACAACUGGGAAAAUUAGGAUAGGGGUAACAUAACUGAGAAAGGGUAGGUAGGUCGGGAUUUAUUUUUCUUUCAUCCCCUCCCCCUUUUUUCAAGUGGGUUGGAUUGGAGUUUAGAUGAGGCUAAUUUAAGAAAUUGCAAAAAUCACCAAACAUAUUUUAAGGUUUAAAUUUGGUUUUGAUACCUGCUUAUGAAGUAGACAUGGUAUAUACAUAGGUGCCCUGUUUGUUUGUCCUUUAGUUUGUUUGCCUCCGGUGGACAACUUAUCCCACUGGAUGGGUUGCGUUCGGGUGAGAAACACUGUUAGAGUUGAUGGUAAACACUAGGGUCGGUCGGGAUACCUGAACAGACAUGUUUGGCCUUAUCCAUGAACUAGCGAUGAGACCAUCGUUCUCCGACACAGUGUGAUAAUUUAUAAUGAACACGAUAAUAGUAUAUGUCCGUAAUGUAUUAGUCACGUUAUAAGAAGUCGUUAAAUGUUCGUGUAUUUCAGAUAAUUGAGUACCAUAUAUCCUACCUUAUCCGACACUACAUGUCGGUCAGAUUGAACAUGAUGCUGGAAUACACAGGUCUUAUACGAUAGUUUUCCUUCGACUGAUAUUACUGUAUUCUAAGAGACAGAUUUCACUGUAUAAUAUAGAUACAAAAUGUGUUCAUUUGAUAAAAACGUAUUUAUUUUGUGUACAACUUGAUAAAACUAUAUCUUCAUUUCCACAAUAGUCAACGAGUUCUGCUGGUAAAUUGCAAGUUUAAGAUCUGGUUUUAAUCAAAUAGCAUUGUGUACACAUCAUUAAAGUUGAUUUAUGAAUGAUUUUUCCACAUAUUUUUAACUUUUAUUUAAACGUCUUUUUGCUUAGCAGACCAUGAUUUAUUUUUAUAUUAACGGCCUAAACAAAACUGCCGCAGAACAAGAGAAGAACGUUCAUGUGAGGGGAUUAAAUAUAUUUCUUACGAACAAAAUAUUCUUGUGUAAUCAUUUUAGAUGUAAUUAUACAUUUGUAAGUUACUGUUUUAGUAAAAGUAAUUAUAAUGUGUUAAUAUGUUUGUACUGCUGUAUACCGGGAAAUAUUCGCUGAAGUUUAAUUGUCGCCUUUUAUCGUCCUCCGUAAUAAGGGCAAAUUUGUCUAUAAAGCAAAUAUUAGUAAACGGUUUACCAUAUAUAGUAACUACAUAAUUAUGAAGGGUGAAUUUACACUAGGCGAAAAUAGAUUUUACCAAGAAAGGGCGAAUAACUGACGGGGCAAAAUUUUCCCGGUAUCCAGUAUAUAUUCAUUAUAAAUGCAUUGAUAUUUAAGGUGAAUAUGUAUGACUGAAAAGUUUCGGUUCAGAAUAUACAUUUUAAACAAUCUGUCGAACUAAAUGGCAGAACAGCCGUUUUUGCGGGAACAAGAUCGUGUUUUCUGUGAUUGUGUCGUGCUACACAAUCGGGAACUAUUUGUGAAUUUCUGUCAAAACUAAAUUUGACCUCGCAUUGUGAUUGCUCCUCGAUUACUCCAACAGUUUGAUGGGAAAAUCCGAACAGUUUCGAUUUGGAAAAUAUUCACCGGUAAUGGUUCUUGCUGUUGAGGGAUUAUAAAAUCAUAUUGGUUGGUAGCUUUAUCUUAGCAAUUUACAGAGGGAAUAUAAAUAUUAAUGUAUUAAUUACGGUGCUUAAAAUGGAAAACCAUGUCUAUUUUUGUCAUGGUAAGGUAUUAUCCACAAUCUGCGUUAAAUCAUAUUAUCAAAUGUCUUCCUGCUUUUUUGUACCUCACUUUUAGCAUACUAUUUUGUGAGUUGCUGUCUUCUCUGAAUGUUUUAUUUAUCCUUUCUUGAAAAUGGAGAAUGUUGAUGUAAAAAGCGGGGUUUUUCACAGUAGUAUAUCACAGAUGUGCCUUAUACACAUAUACUUUUAGAUCACUAAGAUUUCGCGGACAUUAAGUUUGGCAAACUUAUAUUUCGGUAUCUUUUCCCAGAGACAUCAAUUUGCUUUUCCUUCAGCUUGAGUAAUACCACGAAUUACUCAAGAGAGAAAAAAACAAAGGAAAGCGGAGCCUAUUUAAAAAAUAGAAUAAGUCGAAUAUUACAAUGCAUUUACUUGCAACUUUAUUUUAAGGAUCUGAGCCUGUUUGUUAUUCGAUGUAAAUGAAUAUUUCUAUUUCUGAUAUGUGUUACACAUAAAAUAAUGAAAAGAUUUGAAGAUUUAUUUUGUUG